AUGGUUUGGAAGAAGAUCUCUGAAGGACAUGAGGCCCAAGACCAGGAAGGGAAGAGGUCGAGAAUCUCUCUUGCGCGAGCAUUCAUGUCCUCGUCGUCCUUAUUCAUCUCACCACAUCGUUCCCAAAGUAGUUGCCCCCGGCUCGCGCUCGGUCCACAUAUGCCCAAACCGGUUGAAGAUACCCCGGAGAGCAACCAACCUGUCCGUCUGCUUCGUCACCUGAGUCUGGGCAUAAAGCUUCACGAUAUUUUCCCAAGUGUCACGCGAGUCCUCGAGGAGCAUAAAUCGUGCUUCCAAAGCUUGCUGCCGGUGAGCGUGAACAGACAUUUCCGAAAACGGAUCAUAAGGCCCUCGCCAGAUCCACGACGGAAAGGCUUCGCUGGCCAUUUGGCGAGGACAUUGCCAGACAAGCUGCUCGCCGAAAUAGACGGUGCGGGUGGGCAGGACGCGCUCUUGGUGGCACCAUGCUCGUCUGAACAAGGGCGCAAGGUCCACAAAGCUGUUGGCACCGUAGCCUUCGAAGCAGGCAAAGUGCUCAUACCGCUCCUCGUGGUCGUUGAAAUCAGUGGGAAGACGAUGGGAUAUGAUGCACGGCGAGACAGCCAGCGGAUCUCUUUCCUCUUCGACUGCGGCGGCCUCCUUGUAAAUCUGAGGCAAGGUCUCAGUGGGUAUGGAAUCGUGGUAAAGGGCGUUGUUGGAGUCCAGAAAAACUCUGCACAAGUGACAGCCCGUCCCUGCCGACUCGUGAAGGUCGCGAACGCUGAAAUCACGCAGGUACCAAUCAUCUUCGUCUGCAAGCGCGGCAUCUUCCAGGUCCCAGAACCACGGCCCAAUCGUAGGGAACACUGCUUGGCAACCAUCACAGAGCUUGUUAAGCUGUCUGGGAGGGUAGCUAGACUUUAUGACGGGUUCCUCUGCCAAGGUAUUGUCGAUCGGUCCAUGGUUGAAGUGGGAAGAUAUUUUCAUGGUAUCCUUUGA